GCUUUCCAGUUCCGGUCACAUGAUAAGUUACGUCACGAUAUUCGCAUGAUCUGAGAAUCGGGCUUGCUGUUUGGAGUAAUAUAACUGUGAUCUUUCUCUUAAUACUGUUGUGUAUUAUUAAACAUUGAAACAAAAUGUCUACAUAUGAUGCAGAUCGUCCACCCUACACCCCAUUCUUUGGCGCUAUGGGGGCUACAGCCGCAAUGGCUUUCAGUGCCAUGGGUGCUGCCUAUGGAACAGCCAAGUCUGGUACUGGUAUUGCAGCCAUGUCCGUGAUGCGACCCGAAUUGAUCAUGAGGUCCAUUCUGCCAGUCGUCAUGGCUGGUAUCAUCGCCAUCUAUGGCCUCGUUGUGGCUGCCCUAAUUGCAAACAGCAUAGAUGGAAAUUAUGACCUCUUCAGGAGUUUUUGCCAUCUAGGAGCUGGUCUUAGUGUGGGUCUCAGUGGACUGGCAGCAGGUUUUGCAGUUGGUGUUGUAGGCGACGCUGGUGUCAGGGGAACAGCACAACAACCACGAUUAUUUGUGGGCAUGGUCCUUAUCCUUAUUUUCGCUGAAGUGUUGGGUUUAUACGGACUUAUUGUGGCGCUUAUCUUGGCCACCAAAUCAAAGAACUAAGAUCUAUGGCGCUUCUACCUAUCAUGUUUAAUUUGUGAGCCUGCAAGAAAACUCCGUAGUGAAUAAGUAAAAGAUGAAAAUCCAGUGUUGUUAAACCUUUAUUUAUUAUGAAUAUUUAUCUGUGACCGGUUUCACUUUAACAACUUUAACAAAUAAUAAGAACAAACACCGUUUGCCCAAUGUGUGGCACUUCACAUAUCCGUUCAAAACAUCAAAAUGUGACGAGUGAGUUUAUUGCCAUGAAUAUAGCAUAAUCAUGUGCAUCUUUGAUUUAAUUGACCAUACUUGUACAUAAUAAAGUGGCAAAUAAGGCAGAAGUUUCUCUGGUAACUGGUCACAUUUUGAUGAUUUGAAGGGCGCCAUUUUGUAUGUUUGAGGAAGAUUCUCUUUCACAGCUCUGCUUCAUUGAACACAUGGAGCCAUAUAUUUUUACCUUCAGUAAAAAAAAUGUGUUCUCACUAAUUGUAUUUAAUGGCUAAGAGUUAUGGAAGAUUUCUUAUGUACUACUGUUGUAUGUUAAGUGUGAUUUGACAUAUGUAGAUGUGUAAUAUAUACCAUUACUGUACAUAGAAUAGACUUCAUUGUGAUGGAAAACAAAUUGAAAUACAGGGUUAGAUAAGGUAAAAAUCGAUCUGGAUUCAGCAUGUUGUUUAUAUUCCUAUUUUCAACUUACAAGUAGUCUAAAUUAGAUGCGAUGAAUCUAUUCUGCUGCAGUUUUCAUGUGUAAAUAGGUUUUGUUUUUUCUUCUUCAGUUAAUCCAUCUUUGAUUUGUUUUUUAUUCAAAUAGUAGUCGAUAUAAAUAAUCUGUGAUCAUUUGAAUUUCUGAUCAUCUGUUCUGUUAAAUGUGGCAUGCACACUGCAUUGAAAAACUGCAUUUAUCAGAACUGAAAUUGAUUUAUCUCUAUUGAAUUGCUCAUCGUUUUAAUUUUACUAACCAAGAUACUCUUAUAGUAAGUUUAAUGUAUACAUCGCAGAAAUUCUUCAGCUUGUGUACAUUGCUAGUUUGCUUUUAUACUUGAAUACAGAUGUAAAAAAAAAAUGUCAAAUGAAAUAACAUGAUUUGAAUUCAACUUAUAAAUUAUUUAUAUUAUACAUGCCUAUUGUUAAAGGCAAAAUUGGAUUUAAUAGGCCAGUUAUAAUUAUUUAUUAAAAAGUGAGCAGGCAUAGUGGACAUAUGCUUUUCUAUUUACACAAAUUAUGAAUAAAAUAAAUGUUUCCAUUAAAAAAAAUAAUGUACAAAUAUUAGCCUGCUUCGUGUUGGCUUAAGUUUAAAUUAAACAGAAAUGUAUGUUACAGAGGAAUACAAGUACAGUAGACCAAUGUAUGGAUGGCAUCGAGGCUUUGCCCUCUCUAGAAAUCCCUUUGUGUUUUCAUUCUAGCUUAAACCUGGAAAGUGAGCACAGCACUGCAUCAAGACAUGGGAACACAAUAAAUGUACGAGUGGGUGGUGUGUUAACUUUCUGGGUGUAUGGCUUAGUGGUGUCAGUGAAACCAAACAUUCCAUCACAUUAUGUGUGGCCGUUCCUGUAUAGGGUUCUCAUUUCAUUUAUAGCUGUUCUAUCAGUAACAAUUGUUUGUAUAUGUGCAAAUAAACUGGAAGUAAACGAAAAAA